AAGGGACGAAAUCGACUCGAAAUAAUUUAUGAAGCUUUCUUUUUCUUUUUCUUUUCUUUUUGGGGUAAAAAUAAUAAUCAGGCAAGCAUUUUUUUGGUACGCCAAAACUUGACAAUGUCUUCUGAGGAGUGCAUUAUGCUAGAUGUGGAGUUGGAUGGCUUCAUUCUUUGCAACACCUCUUCUGCUCAACAUGCAAAUCUGUCCCUCCUGGAUGAGGACUUGUUUUACUAUCGGUUUCUGUAUGCAAUUCCAACCAUUUAUGGGAUCAUCAUCUUGAUAGGACUCGUCGGCAAUGUUACACUGAUCAAAAUCUUCUGCACCGUGAAGUCCAUGAGAAACGUCCCCAACUUGUUCAUUUCAAGCUUGGCUUUGGGAGAUUUGCUUCUUUUGCUCACCUGUGUUCCUGUGGAUGCCAGCAGGUACCUGUCUGCUGAAUGGCUGUUUGGUCGGGUUGGAUGUAAACUUAUCCCUUUCAUACAGCUGACUUCGGUGGGGGUGUCCGUCUUCACCCUCAUGGCUCUCUCUGCUGACAGGUAUAGAGCUAUAGUGAGACCAAUGGACAUUCAAGCUUCCCACGCCCUGAUGAAGAUUUGUUUGAAAGCUAUCAUGAUCUGGAUUUUAUCUAUGCUGCUUGCCAUUCCUGAAGCUGUGUUUUCAGACUUGCGACCUUUCUAUGACAAAGGCACUAACAAAACAUUCAUCAGUUGUACACCCUACCCACUGACCAAUGAGCUGCAUCCAAAAAUUCAAUCCAUGGCUUCCUUUCUCAUCUUUUACAUAAUUCCACUGUCUGUUAUUUCAGUAUACUAUUAUUUCAUUGCCAAAAACCUGAUACGGAGUGCUUACAACCUACCGGUGGAAGGAAAUGUCCAUGUUAGAAAACAGAUGGAAUCGCGAAAACGCCUAGCCAAGACAGUGCUGGUUUUCGUCUGCAUCUUCGCUUUCUGCUGGCUCCCCAACCACAUCAUCUACUUAUAUCGGUCGUACCAUUAUUCCGAGGUGGACACUUCCAUCCUGCACUUUAUCACUUCUCUCUGUGCUCGGAUCCUGGCAUUUGCCAACUCUUGCAUAAACCCCUUUGCACUCUACCUGCUCAGCAAAAGUUUCAGGAAACAAUUUAACCACCAGCUUUCAUGUUGCAAAGCCCGCGACCUCAUGAGGUCCCAGAGCAGAAGCACCAUGCGGAUGGCGUCCCUCAAGAGCACCAACCAAUCGAUGGUCGUGUUCAGCUUCAUCAAUGGCAACCACCCCUGCCACGAGGAGAAUGUAUAGGCUGCACCGCAGAGACUGAAAACAGCCACAGGAUCUGUGUAGCCAUCGCUGCUUGUUUUGUUUUGUUUGUUUGUUCCUGUAAGUAACAAAUGUACAUAAUUGCACAGAGAGGCGGACAGUGACCAGAGAACAAACUGACAGCAUGCGAGCAAGGUUUAAUGCAGAGCAGAAGGGCUGCCCACACCUGCACUGUCAUUUUUAGGGGCUUGCAUUGUAAUAUGUGAGUUCCUUUUCAUUUCUACUGUUCAGAGAUGAAUGUUGAAGGCAUCCAGGUCCUCAUCAGAUUAUCAGACAGUUCCUUUGUAAGCCAUGUACAGAAGACUGCGGAGGGAGGAACC